AAGCAACUAUGAAUGAUAAUGCAGAUUAUAAAGUUCGCAAAGAUGCAAAUCGGUUAAAAUCUAUAAUGAUUACUGAAAAUAAAUGGAUUGUUCUUGAAGAAUUAACAAUGCUUUUAGCUCCUUUUGCUGAAAUUACCGAAUUAUUAGAAGGCAGCAAUUACUCUACAAUGAGUUUUAUAUAG